AGCACGCGCUGCUCGGGAGUGAGCGCCUGUUGUUGGUCUUGGGCCGUUAGAGCGCUCGCGCCUGUCCUGCACCUGCGCAGACGCUGUCCGACUCGCCCUGUAGUCUAUAAUAUCAGACAUUUUAUUGCUCGGUUUUGCUUUGCAUGAGCAGAAUGCAGACUAGUUUAGUGCAUGUGUUUGUAGUGUGUGUGUGGGCGGUAAGGGCAAGCUCGCUCGCGCGCCCGGAGGAACCGUGUGUCGCCCCGUUACAGUGGGAGGGCCGGACCGUCGUGUACGACCACAGCACCGGGAGAAACACACGCGCCGCUGUGUCCUAUGAUGCACAAAACCAACGCGUGAGAGUGUUAGAGCAGAAGACAGGACAUACACCGUGCAAGAAGUUCUUCGAAUACAUCUACUUGUUUACGAGUGGCGUGUAUUUCCAGAUUGAACAAGUCACCAAGGCAUGUGCUAAGCUUAAUUUGACUGAUGCCUGGGACCCGUAUGACAUCCCAAUGAACUCCACAUAUGAGGAUCAGUAUUUCAUUGGUGGGCCCGGAGAUAUGAUUGAGGUUCAAGAGUGGUCUGAUCGAAAGCAAGCUCGCAAAGAUGAAACCUGGGUGGGAGUUUACACCUUGAAAGACUGCUACCCCGUGCAUGAGACAUACACCAAGAACAGCAGCGUGACCACCACCACUCGCUUCUUUGACCUGGAACUAGGCAUCAGUGACCCUGAAGUGUUCAUCCCACCCAGCACCUGCAUGUCGGCUCUGCCUGAACAUAUGGACUCUGACUGCUGAACCUUUUAUUCUUAGUCUAUCACUUUUCUGCAAUCUGCACAGAUGGAAGAAUGGCUUAACAUACACAAUAGGUUUUAUUUAAGGUGGAUAACUGCUGUUGAAUGAAGUGUAGGCUUAACUACCAGGAAUGCACAACUGUACCUUUAUGGACCAAGGACCUCAUAUUUAAGAUUCAGUAAUAUGGUACAUGUCAUUUGUAGUUCCCCACCUUUUAUUGAAUUUGAUUAAUAUGCCUCAGAUUUAAACAGGAAUUCAUUCUAAACAAAAUGAAAAACAUGUAAAGUAACCUAAGCUUAUUUCUGCAUUGUGCCCCAACAUUUGUUCUAAUUGUUAUCUCAACUUACAUAUACAGCCAAGUUCAUAAGUAUUUGGACAGUGAUACGAUUUUCAUAAUUUUGCCUCUGUACACCACCACAAUGGAUUUCAAAUGAGGCAAUCAAGAUGUGAUUGAAGUGUAGAUUUUCAGCUUUAAUUCAAGGGGUUUAACAAAAAAUACUGCAUUAACCAUUUAGGAAUUACAGCAAUUUUUUAUCCCUCCAUUAUCACAGGCCCAAAAGUAAUUGGACAAACGAACAUAAUUAUAAAUAUAAUGAUUAUUUUUAAUACUUGGAUGCAAAUCCUUUGCAGUCAGUGACUGUGUGAAGUCUGGAACCCAUUUACAUAACCAAAUGCUGAGUUUCUUCCCUUAAGAGGCUUUGCCAGGCCUUUACUUCAGUUGCCUUCAGUUGCUGCUUGUUUGUGUUUUUCGGCCUUCGGUUUUCAGAAAAGUAUGCUCAAUUGGUUCGAGGUCAGGUGACUGACGUGGCCAUUUAAGAACAUUCAUUAUUCAUCUGUACUGUGAAGUGCAUUUGACUGAAUCUGAGCAGAACCUAUAGCUCUUUACGCUUCAGAAUUCAUCCUCCUAUUUCUAUCAGCAGUCACAUCCUCAAUAAACACCAGUGACCCAGUUCAGUUGGCAGCCGUAUAGUCCCAUGCCAUAACACUUCCUCCUGCCAUGUUUAACAGAUGACGUGGUAUGCUUUGGAUCAUGAGCCCUUCCUUUCCUUCUCUUCCCAUCAUUCUGCUACAAGGUAUUCUUGGUCAUCCAUCUAAAGAAUCUUGUUGCAGAACUGGGCAGGCUUUUUUAGAUGUUUUCUACCAAAGUCUAAUCUGGCCUUUCUGUUCUUGAGUGUUACCAGUGAUUUAAAAGGUUAAUGCAAUAUUUCUGUGAAACCUCUUGAAUUAAAGUUUUAAGUCUUCACUUCAAUCACAUCCUGAUUGGUUCAUUUAAAAUCAAUUUUAAUUAUGUAAAGAGGCAGGAUUUUGCUCUGUCCAAAUACUUAUGGCCUGGACUGUAUUUUAUGAGUUGCACAAAAUUAAUCAUGUGCAUUAAACCUAAUACAUGUGAUGCAAAUGGUUCUCUUAAAUCUAUAUUUUUUUUUUGAGAAUUUGUUCAACUGAAACCUAUUACUGAUUUGCUUUGGUUCAUGUAACUUAUGUAAUAUGGCUGCUUUAAUGGUGAUUAAUCCAUGCUAUAAAUCCAUGACACAAGACAAUAAUAAAACACUGUUACCAAAGGAAU